AUGACGCUUACUACGUUCGCCGUCGUCUACGUGCUCGGCGGUCUGACGUUUCUACCACUGCUGCUUGCUGCUAUACUUCUGCCCGCAUGGCUGGCCCUUCCGCGGAGAGAGGUGACGGACGCUGCGGUGGUCAGGGACAAGCAGGCUGUUGGGAGUGGUAGCAAGAAUGGCAGAAUUGGACAGGCAGUCGACGUGCCAGGCGAGAGAGAGGGAGAAGCCAUAUUCGAGGGCAGUGCCGCGGCCGGAGCGUCCUUUGCUGUGCUUCGAAGCUACCACUUUCCCUCCGCCACGGCGGCCCUGAACGUUCGUCAGUCUAGUGCUGGAAGUAUAAAUGGCACUUCCUCUGGCUCAAGUGAUCUGCCGGAUAGUAGCAGGGCAGAUGUGGCUGGUAGCGAGAGUGUCUACCAGAGCAUGUAUCGUUCCGUCUUCGACCGAAGCAAAGGCAAUGCCCAUCCUGCUGCAUCAGUACUCGAGGCAAGCGGUGAAGGUGGGACGGGGCUAGACGGCACCACUUCGAAGACUGUACGCAAGCCUGUGAUCAGCGCGAGCGUUUUCUACAUCGUCCUUCGUCAUGGACAUCUGAUGCUGUACGAUUCUUCUUCGCAGGUCGAAGUACGACAUGUGAUUAGUAUGGCACAUCACAGCAUAUCACUCACGGAUGGCGAGGAGGAGACAAUCAAGGAUGCAGAUCUCUUCAUCAAACGGACGGCCAUUGUACUCACGCCACUAGAUAGCUCGACGAUCGAGGGCUACCAACCAGGCCAGACGGGCCUCUCGAAUUCCUCCCGACCAAAGCCGUUCUAUCUAUUCUCGUCUACAUGUAUCGAGAAGGAGGACUUCUACUUGGCCCUGCUGAGCACAAGAGCCUCACCACCUAUACCACAACCAAUCGCCUCUGAAGAUCUGAUCAAGCUUCAGUCAACCUUGCAUUCGACAUCCUUGACGCCAGAGACCCGCGCUUUCAACGCGCUGGUGAGCCGCAUCUUCCUCUCUAUUCACAAGACGCCUUUCCUCGAGGAUCUUGUCCGAAGCAAGAUCGAGAAGAAGAUCUCUCGCGUACAGAAACCAAGCUUUAUCGCCGAGUUGACUGUCAAGUCGAUCGACCUUGGCGACUGUGCACCCAUACUCAGCCAGCCCAGAUUGAAGGACAUCAACAUUUCUGGAGACAUGACCUUGGGCUUUGAUCUCAAGUACUCUGGUGGAGUGCAGGUUGUGAUUGGUGCCACGGCACGGAUAGAUCUGGGCUCGAGGUUCAAGGCCAGGACAGUCGAUCUCGUGCUAUCUACUUCGUUGCAACGGUUGACUGGUAAGAUGUUGUUCCGGAUCAAGCCCUCGCCGAGCAAUAGGAUCUGGUUCUGCUUCGAAACCAUGCCUGACAUGGAUAUCAAGGUCGAGCCAAUUGUGAGCACGAGGCAGAUCACGUAUACUUUUAUUCUACGAGCUAUCGAAGACAGAAUUCGAACAGUCGUUGCUGAGACACUUGUAAAGCCGAAUUGGGAUGAUGUGCCUUUCUUUGACACAAGAUCGCAGCGUGUCAGAGGAGGUAUCUGGGCUGAUGAGGGUCUGCUUGAGGAUGCUCCUGGCGACGAUUUAGCUGAUAGCUCACCUGCGGACGUCUUGAAAAGGUCGAACGAGAAGAGUGCUUCCAUGCCGGCACUUGUCGACGUCGUUGAGGCUGCAGCCAUAUCCUCCGGCAUCUCGUCCUCUGGUCGCAGACUGGCUGACCCACCGUACAUGACCUCAUCAAAUGAGGCCAAUACUGUCAAGCGUCGCUCUGUGGCAUCGCUUCCUCCACAGCAGACUAGCACGACUCCGCGGACAGCUCCAUCAUCACCGCCAAGAGCUGGGAAGCCGAUACGCUCACCGAGCUUCACUUCACCUGCAGCAUCUGCUCCGAGCAUCGCGCUCGAUGACGCUAGUGGUGUGCCUGUACGCUCAGACGAUGCCUCAUUGCAGCCGAAGAAGUGGCGGUCAAGAGUCCCUGCAGCCGUACCCAGCCGCAAGGAAGCUAUGCAAGCUGUGCGAGAAAUGCACGACAGAUCCAUGCCCUUGCUCGGUUCAGAUUCAUCCACAACACGAGAUAAUAUCGAGAGCACAGAUGACGAGAGCGCAAGUCGGCGCGGCCAACGCUUUACCAAAUCAGCUCUGGACGAUCCCGACUCGAUAGCGUCAGACCGAAGAGGCUCAGAAAAGUCAACCUCCAGCUCAACACACUCCAACAAUACCCAGCAACAACAAGAAAAGCGCAAGACCAUCUUAGCAGCCACAGCCGCAGCGACAACAGCAGCACGAAACUGGAGCUGGAACACCAUCGCCAACCGUACAGGUCGAGGUGGUGGUGGAGGACCACGGCAACCUAUCUUCCGCUCGCAAGGCACGAAUUCGCAGACAUCACUUCAUUCUGACCAGCCAAUAGGGCGAGGACAGCCAUUGCCACCACCCGGGACACCGUUGCCGGGGCCACAGAAGGGCAUUUUUGCGGGUAUAGGCAAUGCUGUUGCUGGGAGGGGAGGCGUGAGGAGGAAGCCUGUUCCUACUUUGCCGCAGCGGAGGACGAAUGCUUUGGUGCCGAAAGCUGGGUCGAAGGAGGAUCUCGCAGGAUCGAAUGACUCGCAGGAUGGGAUUCGAGUAAGGCCUAUGUCGCAGGGAAGUGGUGAUGUUGGCCCGAGGAGUUCGAUGGAGACGUUGCCGAUGACGGCGCAGCAAGAGGAUGAGUUUGGGCCUUGGAGUGAGAAUAAUGGGGGCGAGCAUGACACUAUGCAGAGCGAGAGCAGUGUCAACGGUGAAAGUCUUUUGCUCGGGGAAGAAGACGUGCUCGAAGGAGAAGCUGCGAUGCCAAGUACGGCACGUGAGGAGAAGGUAAAGACACCGCCAUUGCCUGCUCGGAGGAAGCCACCUCCCCUACCUGCCAGACGGCCUACGAAUAAAGUGAGCGAGGCGAGCAGCUCGCCUGUUGCUGUCGAUCCAUCAAGCAGCUUGGAAGGCGCGGUCCGGCAUUCGGUUGAGUCAAAAGACCUCGAAAACGAGCCGGUUAUGCCGCAUCAUGCAUCCACAUCUGCCACGCCGGACGAGUCCGAAGCCAGCUCAAUCUUGACGGGCAGAGAAGACGAGCUCAAUCAUCAUGAGGGCAACGAGCACAAUGUCCUCGAUAUACCCGACGAUAGUCAUGUGCAGAAGGAUGAGCAGAAAUUCGCUGCGGGCCAGGACUUGGAUGAGGAGGAUUUCCAGGACGGAUUGGAUGGUGCUCAUGCGACCCGGUCUUCAGGGAAUGCAGCCGACAAUCUCGUCGACACACACCGUCCGUCGUUGGAACGUGCAAGUGUCCCGGAUAUGUCACGUAGCCAUAUACCUGAAUCAGAGAUCAAGCUGCUGGACUAUGAGCAAGCGGGAGAGGUGCAUGUGAAGCAGAGCGACCGCGGAGGCGGACUGGAGGACCAGCAGCACGGCGAGGUGAAGGGGAGGGCACUUCAUGCUACUGUGGAAGAGGGCGAUGAUGUCCGUGCUUAG